UGCGGAGUGUUGAAGGAAACAUGGCGUCAGAUGAGGAGGAUGAUGAGCUGGAGGCCCUUAGGCAAGCUGCACUUGCUACUUUGAAAAAGAGAACCGUAUCAGCUGAACUUGAAGAUGCUCAGCCCAUUCCACAGAUAACAGGGUCAGGUCACUCUCUUACUGGGGCAGGUGCCCAGUGGGUCGAAGAUUUUCCAGCAAAUUUAUCACAAAGUCCUUUUGGGAGCAAUCAGCCUGCCUCAGCAUUCCAAGAUGGAGUUUGGAACCAACCUUUUCAUCCAAACAAGUUUCAUCAAACAUCUCCUAAAAGGUUUGGCCAGAACAACUGGAGGGUUGGACGGGGCUUAUAUCCUAAACAGACUGCUCGAGGUCGAGGGGUCAGUUUGCGAAGAGGGCAGCCUUUUCAUCCCAAAGGUGCUGCAUUUCCCCAUCCAACAAGAGUGCCAUAUGUGCAGAGUGCACCUGCACCAAAUAGAGGCAGUAAUCUUAUAGUUAUAAAUACAGUGCCUGAAGAUGAAGGAGGUGCUGUACAGGAAUGUGCUGAAGUAGUUCCAGUUGCCCCUCAGAGGGCUGGACUGAGGACUGGUACCUCUGUCGCUGCUGGGAAGAACAGUAGUACCAUUCUGCCUCUUGAAAACUCUUCUAAACCAUUUCUUAUCCGACCUCAGGACAAGUACUGCUCCACUUCAGACAGACCGAUUAGGGUGCAAGAGAGUACCACAUCACGCAAAAAGAAGAAAGAUAAGUUUAGUCGCUUUGAUUCAAGUGGCAGUGACAGUGAUGAUGAAUCAGAGAGUGAUGAUGAAAAUGCCAGGGGUGAGGAUGUAUCAUCCCAGUCCUGUUCUCCAUCAACAGCUGAUAUCAUCUUGGAUGAAAGCAAAGAUAUAAGCAGCAUUCUGGAGGAGAGUGGGACAAAUGUCCUAGACACUGUCGACUCCAGUUUGUCCAUCGCUGUUGCCAGUGAAACACAGUCUGAUAAUAUGCCUGAAAUGGACGUGUCACCCAGUGUUGAGAGAAAGUGUGAUUCAGAUACUGAUGAGCAUGGUGAGGAGAAAUUACUUUUAUCACCAAUCACAGAAUCUGUUACGUCUCCAGAACUCCAUCAGAGUGCUGCUGCAGUGCCAGCAGAUAUUGACUCUGAUGAUGACAAUAACAAAUCCCCACUGCCUUUUGUGAGUGUUCUUGAACCCAGUGAUGAAUGUGCCAGUUCUGCUAGCAAACUGGAGGAAGUAAAAAGUGAUCAUGACAAUAACUCUAGUAGUGCCGAGGAGUCCUCCUCACUUUCUGAUGAGGAAGCUGAUUCAGAAAGUGAAAGUGCUGCUACAGGCAGUGAAAGUGUGGCUUCAGGCAGUGAAAGCAUUUCAGAACUUUCAGAUGAAGGAGAUUCUGAUGGAGAUGACCAGGACAGUUCUGUCUCUGAAGAACAGACAUCUGAGAGCAGUAGUAGUUCUGAGAGUGAGAAAGAGAUAGAAAGGCAGAAGACUGUUAAAAGGCCACCAGACAUUAGUGUCAAGGUUGCAGCUUCCCAGAGUAACACACAUGCAACAAGGAAAAAAGAACCAGAAUCAAAUUUGAGCCCUGUUGAAAGGGCUAAACUGGAGGCUCGUAAGAGGAAAUUUGCCAGUAGAGAAGAAGUGCACGUUUCAACAAAUAAAACUAUCUCUCUUAAGGGCAUAGUAGCUAAACCCAAAAAGGUAAGGGUAGUGGGGGAAGUUGCACAUACAAAAUCUCUGACAGUUGUCAAGGCAGCACAGCCAGAAACCAGAAAAGCAAAUCAGGAACUUUCACAGAAGUCUUUUGCAGAUGCUCACAGAAAACACUCUCGAAGAAAAAUCUUGCUUGAUCCCAAAUUGGAUGGGAGUAGUCCUCAGGAUGAUGCCAGAGAUGUCAGUGAUACUGAUGAAGAUGAGGAGGAGGAAGAAGAUAAAAGAGACAGGUCAUGGAAGAGAGAGGCCAGCAGUAAGACUGGGUGGCACAAGUCUUCACGGUCACUCAACCAUACUCUGCCUAAUGACAAUUUUGCAAGGUCACAAGGUCAUUCAUUUCGUGACAAUGCUCGCAGAGAGUUCGGUCGAAAUGGCAGUCAGCAGAGAGCAUAUAAUAGUAGAAACAAACAGGCAGGUGUACGAACUUAUCACCAUGGUAGUCCCACAGGAGGAGACUAUUGCUCCUCUGAUGAGGAGAAAGAUGAAAAUGGCCGUAAACUAAUCAGUGUUGUGGUCUCAAGGUCCACAACAAAUCAGCAAUUGCAGAAUUCUGGACAAAACCUAGUAACAUCUCAGGAGAGAACUUUUAAAGGACCCAGGAGACCCAUUGUUCCCAGAAAAAGAGAGGCAUCUUCUAGUGCUUCUGUUGUGAACCCAGGAAAUAAUGGUGAUGGGAGAUUAGUUUUACACUCCAAACUGUUCCAAGGUUCUGACUCUUUAACUUAUAAGGAAUCAGGGACCACUGGCAUUGUGAGUUCAGAAGACGCUCCAUUAGAAAAGCGGUCACGUGUUAAGGCUGACAGAAAACCUGUGCAUCAGCGACUCGGGUGGAAAGAUGUAGAAGGAAGAAGUUCAAGGUCUACUGUCCAUUCGCAUAAAAGGAAUGAGACAAAUUCCGAUAGUGCUCUGCAGGCAGUCCCAAGCCAGCAUUGUCACCACCCACAUGGGGUAUUCUAAGCCGUCAAAGAUACUGCUCAAAAAGCGCUUUGGGGUACAGAUUUCCUUGGCUACACUCAUCCAUCUGUCUUCAGUGUUCACAAGCCCAUUUCUUGCAUACCAUGGCUUUCUCCCUGUUUGCAGAUGAUGAUUCCAACCACAGACAACUUGAUCAUCGUAUUCAGCUAAUCAAGAAACAGAAUGCUGCCAUUCUUCGUCGCCAGGAAGAAGUUCGACAAGAUCGCGAGCUGUAUGGCUAGAUUAACCAGUCGUUGACUGUUGACAUUUGAUUGACAUCAUAGUAAUUUUGUUGGUGAAAUUUUGUGAGUGUGUGUGCCGAGUACAAUCGCAGUGAUAGAAUAUAUUUUGGUAGGCUGUCAUAACUAGAUGUAUGUAGCAUGUGGUGCAAAGAGAUAUUUGGGCUUUGAGAUAAGAGCUUUUAUAAGUCUUUCCCAAAAAGUAGAUGCAUGCAAUUGACAAAGACGCUUUAAACACAUUUCUAGGAGAAAGCUGAUGUAUAAAAAAACAAGAUCAACUAAGUAGUAUUGACCAAUAAUUUGUUUUCUACAUGGUCACAAAUGCAUUAUUUAAAAAAAAAUGUGUCCAAUUAAUGGUGAGAAUACAUUAUCCAAAAUAAUUGAAACAAUAGGAAUUUUAAAAAAUAUAUAUUUGGUAUUUUUAGAAUUAUAUCAAAAUGAAGUAAAUGCUAAAUGUUACUAUUGUUAGAAAUGUCAUAAUUACUAUUUCAUUUAAAUUUUGUUUACUUCACUACUACUGAGUUUUGGUUUUUAAAAUCCCCUUUAUAUCUGCAGAAGACUAUACACCAAACACUGAUAUAGAAAGAGAAAAUGGCAAUGUCAUAGAAUGUGCAAAUGCCUACUUCUAGUGAUUUCAUUGACAGUAGCCUUAACAUUGUAAUGGAUAUCCAUGUACUAAUGAUAUAAAAGUUUUGCUUUGUCUUGCAAAGAAGAGGGUUAAGGUUGUCAACCCAUAUUUUAUACAUUAGAAUCUAGUAAAACUAAACCCCUUUGAAAAGCGUUCUGCACAAAAUUAAACCAUAAAAUGAUGCACAGGCAAAGGUCACAUUCCCUGAUAUCAUUAUUGUACAGAGAUAUAUUUAAAUGCUUUAGGCUACAGUCGGUGGGAGAGCAGAACCUUAUGGUAUCCAUAAACGUUCAUGACAUUGACCACUUUCUUUGUAUAGUGAUGUUUGUAAGCUGCGAUCUUGAGAACAGGGAGGAGGAAUAAUAAUUAUAGAGCACUUUUAUCAUGCAACAUCAAAACCAAGCCAGUUGCAAUCUCUGUGCUGACCAACAAUGAUAAAAAAUUAAAAAAAACAUGAAAAACUGUGGCUAAAAAUUGACAUUUUAUUAAACACAAAACUUUCUCUGCCACAGUUAUGAAACUUAAAGUACGAUGUUCACUUGGAGUUUAGUAAAAAGUUUCUUAUAUGAAGUUCUGCCUAGUUCUAAGAAAAAAAAGCUCUCUGGCAGUACUUUAAAGUUCUUUUUUGUGUGAAAUUACAACUGUAGUUUAUAUCAGGCAUGCAAGGUUUUUUUUUUUCUUUUUGGCUUUAGUACACACUUGCCAAAGAAAAGGUUUUCGCAUUGCUUGUACUACCUUGCUCUUGUUUUCAAUAUUUUGUUUAAGAUUUAAUCUCUGCUAGUUCAGCUUAUACCAAAACAGGAUGAAAAUGUGUUGGAAAGACGCAUGUUCUUAUAUCCAUGUAUUGUAACCUAUUUCAGCUUCUGACAUGAACAAAAUUGUGUUUACAUUUCACAGCACUCUCAAAUAAGACAGAAUGAACAGUAGUUUUUAGUGAAAACAGAUUUUGCAUGUGUAUGGUUAAAAACAAUAGGUCUGUCCAGCAAUAUUUGUUCUAGCAGAGCACUUAUACUGCAUGCAGCCAUUUUCGUGGGUUUGCUUUAUACAGAAGUAAUUAAAAUGUGUGUUAACUAAAAGCAGUAGUCAGUGAAAGAAGGUUUACAAUUUACAAGUAGUGUGUUAAAAAUUUGAUUUAAGACUUGUUUAUUCUUAGACCCACAAAUUUUGAAGCAUACAAAAAGCUGUGUAGAAAUAUUUCUGGUUGUAAUAUUUCCUACGAUUUAGUCACUAAUUAAAAACCUACCUAGAUUAAGCCACACCACACAGUUUGCAUUGCCAUUGAAUUAUUAGACAACUGCAUUCUGUCUUGAUUGUUACUAUUUUGUGAUUUUUAAAGUUGAUUUUGACUUUGAGAUCAGCAUUAAGAGGUUGGGCAAGGAAAAUGUUUGAAGAAAAAGACCUGUUAACUCUAAAAAGAACAUCUGGACACUGAAUGCAGUUUCUGUGGCAAGGUCAGCUUUUUAACAGCAUUUGUUCUAUAGCUUUCACUUUGGACUUAAUGCCACUAAUAUUCUCAAUUUGAAGUGGACAGUUACUUCUCAGAACAGAUCUAAUGAGGUUUGAACUUUUGUGCAUUCCUUGCACAGAUUUUCAUUAUGGUAUGUGUUCCCUAUCGAUAUUUUGUGUUAGAAACAGUCUUUUUGGAACAUUUCUAAUUCAAUAUACAAUGAGACUAGGACAUGAGGGUUGAGCACUCUCCAUCGGUUUUUUGCCAUUAUUCCUGGUGUCAUUUUUUUUUCAGCCUUUAUGUUAUGUUUAUUCAAAUUAAAUAACGGUGUUUAAUGGAGUAAUUAAUGAAAGCAACUGAAGUUGCCCAAAAUUUAGAUGAAAUAUUUCUUUGAAAAUGUGAUAGGAAUCUCUGGAGGCCCUUACUUUUCUUUCAAAAACUACCUUUCUUAAACAUUUACGGCUAGUAAUGAAGGCUGCAGGAAACAAAUGUAUCAUGAAGCACUGUCAGUGUUGCAUUUAGAUCUCUUCAGACUAUCCUAAAUGACCAAAUAUUUUCUUUAAGUUUUGUUUAUCCAACGUUAAUGGUUACACUACCUUUUCUUUUAUUUUGCACUUGUUUUGCAGCACAAUAAGAGGAAACAGUUUGUAAAUGUCAGAUGAAAUUACCAAUCGUAAUCGUUUUUUCCCAUUUGUAAAAUGGCAUUCUGCUAGCUUUUUCAGUAGUUAAGUUCCAGUCUGGGGAUUAUGGUAUGUGCCUUAUUUUACUCUUCUUCCACACCCUUUUUUCUUUCUAUUAUUAGUUGCAAUAAUAUAAUGCUAAUUUUGUGUGAUUCUUAAUACUUUUUUGGUUAAUGAUUGUUCUCUUCGAAUUUUGAAGUAUUGGGUCACAGCUUGACAGUGAUAAAUUACCGUGAAUGUUGUACAUUACACUUUGUACAUUUAAAACCUGACUACAUAACAUUGAUAUCAGUCUUUAGACAAAUCUAAAUUUGGAUUAGAGCAUGUGUUGCUCAACUAUUGGGGUGGUGGAGAAUGAUAGAAAAUAGGUGCCUUUGAACCUUAGGCUGGUUGACCUGGCUAUUUGACACUGCCUUGAACCUUAAGCUGGUUGACCUGGCUAUUUGACACUGUGCAGGGCUUUAAAGGGGAGUGAGAAGGACAGAAAUAAAAUAAUGUCAGCCUAGGAAAUGGUAGGUGUACACAAAGAAUAGCACAAGAAAGGGAGCAGUAAGUGUGUCAAGAAAAACUGUGGUCACACAUGUUACUGUACAUAUUAAAAAACAUUCUGUUUGUUUAAGAACAAUAGAUUAAGAGCUGCUUUUAAGUUUCAAAAAAGUAUUGAUAUUUUGCUUAGAAAAAAGGGAGAUACGGUGUGCAGUGUUGACACUUUUGGAUGGUCAUCAAACAGCAAAUCAGAAUCUAGUGAUUGUCUUGUGUAUUAUUCAUGAUGUCAUCAUUUUGUUUGCAUGGGUGUGGCAAAAUAAUUGUCUUUUAUUGCAGCAGUGUGAAUUUCAGAGCAGAUGCUAUCAAAAUUUAUUGUGCAGAUAAGUUGUGAUUGGCUGUUUUAAGUUUAUAUAUAUAUUGGGUUAGGCCUUCUCCAGAGUGAUGUAAAAUAUUGUAAGCUCUAUUGUGGACUGAUUAGUGGAUACAUCUCAUUUAAAAUAUUCACAAGUGAAUUAUGUAUUUGUUUUCCAUAGAAUUAAAGACAUCUGAAAUAAAAUUGCUUUUACUUAUAAAGUUAGUAUUGAAAGUUGUUUCCAUUGUUUUCUUUGUGGCACAGCUCCAAAGUGUUUACUGUCCUUCCUUUCAGUGACCAUUUGCUCAAUUGUACUGUCAAGAUUUUCACAAAAAGUUCCCGUGUUGUACACCAUAAUUGUUGCUGACUAUUAGAGCAGCAGAAAAUCAUUUGUCCUGUAGCCCAUUUUAAUGCAUGCAGUAGUGUCACUACCUGGAGAGUCAACCACUGAGAUGCUGAACGUUUUUUUGAUAAUUUGAUGAAUGUCUUUGCAUCUCACUAAGUCUGAAUAGUUGAAAUGAGUUGAAAAUGAUAUUUUAGAGCACAAAAAGCUGUAGCCUGCAUCCGUCAUGAAAUGGCAAUAAAUGGAAAAAUUAUUUAGUGGAUGAAAGAAGCAUUUUUCCCCAUGAAGAAUGUUACCAUUUGUGUAACUGGUUUUUUUAUGUAAACCACUUGAGCUGAUAUUUUAUUAUAUAAAUGUUUAUGAGCUUGAUUUUAUUAGACUGACAGGAAGAUUGUUUUAGCUUAUUUAGCAAUAAAGCUUCUCUGUAGAUGGAAAUAGCAGAACAAAUUGUAGUGAACUCUGCAUUAAAAUGGGCAUAGGCAAAGUUGAAUUAGCUAGGAUCCAGGACAAAAUGACAGUAGACACUUUGUAGAAUGGCCAUUGUGAGUUGUCUGAAAAGUAUUGUGAGACUGUUUAUAGAGCACUUAUAAAAGCAAGUGACAGAAACAGUAAAGGGGGAGGUGGUUGCAUUCUGUUGCCCAUUAUUUUGCUUUGUGUAAAAAACACUGUCAUGAUUUUGUUAACAAAACUGAAACUGAGGAUUCUUGAAGCAGAAGAUUUAAUAAAGAAUGCCAUGCAAUAUUUUACAGGUUUUACUUAGUACUGUAGUACUUGAACAAAAUAUUCAAACAAGCUUAUCAAUCUUAUGUGGAUGUUCUUAUAUAUCUAAAGUGAUGUCUAUAAUGUUUUUGUGUUAGUUGUUAGUAGUAGACAGGAUAGCAAUAUCUGAUAUUCCGAAUUGUGAUAUAAGAGUUUUAUGAUUGUUCUCAAAAUAGGUGGUCAGUAAGCAGUUGGAAUCAAUAUUCGAUUCUCUAGCUCUGUUAGUGGUUAAAAUUGAAAAGUUUAUUUUGACACUGGAAGAUGGUGCUUGUCCAAGAUGCAUUGUCUUUUUAUUUUGUUGUUGCUGUUGUUGUUGUUUGCAAUGUAGCGACUUUAAUGAAAAGUGAUUUAAACACUGCUUUCAUGCUAUUACUGUGUGUAUCGUAAUAAGGUGAUUUAUUAAUUCCUAACUAAAAGUGAGUUACAAGAUGAAAUGUCUUUGUCAGUCAGAUUUGCAGGAAGCAUUUUGACUAAUGUGUCUGCUGGUAGUGUGGUGGCCUUUUUGAGUAGGAUUUGUUUCAACUUUGAGAGUUGUAUUUGUAUAGAGAGAUAAUGAUUCUUUGGUACGGAGCAUCUGAAAGUUUAAAAAUUAUAUAAAAUAUAAAAAAGAUUUUAUUUAUAUAAAAAUUUUAAAUGAAGUGCUUUUAAAACAAACAGGAUUCAACAAAAUUUUGCUGAGAAUAUUUACUAGCUUGCAUCUUUUGAAGAAUCUAAAAAUUUCCACUUUCACAGAAAAGUGUUUGUAUACACUGUUUAAAAUAGUAAGGGGGCACUAUGUAUCAGGGGUGAUUUGUGCAUCAUACAUGUUGAUGAUGGCUAGGAACUUAUGUACUAUGCUACAAUUAAAUGGAAAUUCUUGUGUGGAUGCUGUAUGUUUGAAAAGAAUUGCAGUCAUUUGCUUUCCUUUCAACUGCAAAAAUGGUGCAUAGUAAGUGAUAAAAAUAAAGUACCUACCUCCACUUUUUGCAAAUGUAUGGAUCACAGGAAAUGUUUUUUAAAUAUAUCUCAGUCUGAUUUCUGCAACCGCAGAAAUUGUAGUCUAAUUACAAAAUAUGAGAGCAGCUAAGUUAAUCUUCUAUGAUCUAUUGGGUCAAAUUUACGGAUCGUUGUGGGAUAAAAGGGUAAUGAUUGUGAUAGGCAGUGCGUAUGAUAUGUGUGUAUGAAUGACUUUCUCAUGAACGUGCACGCGCAUAUAUCUGUGUGUGUGGGUUGUUUUUUUUUUUUUAAAUGGGCUCGUUAAUCAUCUAUUUCCUUGUCAUUCGUUCGGCUGUUACAAAUAUUUCUCCUACCUAUUUUUAAACAACGGGAAGUGUGCAAUUUCAUUUUGUAUUUAUUCCCAAUGCAUUUCACUAUGUUUGAAUUUUAGAAUACUUACUGAGUACAGAUUUAAGUUUGCUCUUUCAAACUUGAAGAUUCGUAACUGGAUUGUAAGUGUAAAGGCUAGUAAAUCGCUUACAAACAUUGGCAGCAAUUUCAGUAACCUUAGGCAGCAUCAGACGUGUUCUGUAUAAAAGUUAGAUAUGAGGACGUGGUUGUGUGCUUUUCAUUUAGCCCGUCGUGUCGUUUUUGUGGGAGUUGAGUGGUAUUUUGCAGGUGCCGCAGGAUAGCAGGGUUAGGUCGAGGAAUCUGACCCACCGAAAACGUUGUGUAAGUUGGCAGGUGCGUGUGUGCUUGUAAGAGUGGAAGACAACCUUCAGCGAAGCAGCAAUCGUCACAAGUUCCAGAGGAUAUUUUUUUAAAUAAAAAGAUACAUGUAA